CUCUCACCUGCCAGGAGCUACCACUAGACAAGGCAACACUGGAUGUUUUUUGACCCUGAAAAUGAACUUUAGGAGGAUUUUCCUAGUCAAGUGCUUGCUGCUUUUAUUUCCCAGUGUAAAAUGCUCCAGCACCAGCUGGAUUUACAAGGCAGUGAAUGAGACAGCUCUUCUCAGCAUCACUGCUCCUGGGAGCAUCUUCGAGGCAACAUGGAGGAAAGGGGGACAAAGGCUGGUUCAAAUCAAAGAAAACAAAGUCAAGCACUUUGUGAACAAGGAGCAGUGCAGGUGUGCCAUACUGCAAAAUGGGACUCUGCAAAUCCAGCGCGUGGAGAAAGAGGACAGCGGGAACUACACAGUCAUGGUUUAUCAGCAGGAUGGAAAACUCAAGGCAGAAGAAAAUGUAAUGUUCUUUGUUCAGGAACCUGUCCCUCAGCCAAUCCUCAUCGCUGAAUGCAGGAAUAAAACUGUAUCUGUCAAGUGUGAAGCCAGACAGAAGGCCAAGAAUGAAGCAAAAGACAAGGCAAAGAAUGAGGCAAAAGACAAGUCUGAGGCUGAAGCAUUUGUAAUAGAACUGACUCAACCCAAUGGCAAAAAAAUCCAAAAGAACGCAACAAUGCUGGAAUGGCACGGGUGGAAUUCUGGGACGUUCCGCUGCGUUGCUAAGAACCAAGUCAGCGAAAAAAUGGCUGAAAAAGUAAUUAACUGCUCAGGCAAGAUGGACUUUUAUCUCAUCUUAAGCAUAGCAGGAGGUGCAGUCUUCUUUGUCAUCUUUGUGAUUUGUCUUAUUUAUUGUAUCAGAAGGAGGAAAACAAAAAGGAAUGAAAUUUAUGAUGAGGAGCGAGCGAUGCAGACCCUGCCCGUGGACCGUGAGAGGGGGACGCGGGAGCUGCCUCAGGCUCCAUCCAAGCCCACCCCGAAGCAGCUGCGGGUGCAGCAGCGGCCGCUGCCCCCGCAGCCCCAGGAGCCGCCGCAGCCGCGGCCCCAGCCACGGCCCCGCGCCCAGCCACGGACUCCCAACCUGCCGAGACAGAGGCCCUGAGUGGACAGCCUGGGAGGAGGGAUGCUGGACUCUCUGCUCCACCAUUUACUGGGAAAAGAAAGUUUGUGCCAGCCAGGAGCCCCUCCUGCCCAGCCCUGCGUAACGCUCAGCUAUGAAAAGGCGGCUUGCCUUGCAGAAAAUUAGAGAGAGCACCAAGUGGAGGCAAGGAGACUCAAGGUGAUGGGCAUUCAUCCCUGUGGCCAUUUUUCCAUCAUGUUGGGAUAUGGAUAUGGAGCACUGAGCCCAGAAACCUGUGUCUUUCUGUGGUUCACUUGCUUUUACUGCACCUUGUUGUCUUCGGGCUUUUUGGAUGGUUUUCACCAAGAAGAAGCUAAAGCUCUACUUGGACAAAAUGGACCUAUGGAUCUUACAGGGUUUCAUCUCCUGCUACACAUUAGGACAGCUAUCUGGCUUCAGCAUCAAAUACGUGGCCUCCUGGUCUAAAAAAAUGGUUGUAUGUAAUUAAAUAUUUGUCUGAAGUUGAAAGGAUUUGUGUUGGAUAAUGCAGAGAAGAAAAUAUUGAAAGGACGUGUGAGAACCUUGAAGGACCUGUGUGGGAAAAACACGAACGGGAAAGGGAGAACUUUCCCCUUUUCUCCCUUUCCCUUUCUUCACUGUGUUUAGAAAAGAAACUGUAGGUUUGAAUUGCAGCAAGGCAGAGUUAGGUCAGUAUUUUAUUUUUCUUUUUAAUGAAACACUGAGAGAGAUUUCUGGGAGAGGUUCUCCAGCACUGGGGUUUCAAAGGGUGGAUGAGACAACAUUCUGUGAAGCUUUUUGUCCUGACAAGGGCCAGGAGAAUGUGCUACACAGCCUCUUCAGGGACAGUUUCAGCUGAGUUUUCUGUGACUUCUAGGCAAAUAAAACAAACCUUUAUUCUCAGCAAAAGUCUGUGGGGCUAUCCAGACAAA